CUCGUGAACAUUAAUUAGUGCACUUUCGACCAUUCAUUAGUGUACUCGUGAACAUUAAUUAGUGCACUUACGACCAUUAAUUAGCGCAUUCAUUGCCAUUAAUUAGUGCACUCGUAACAAUUAAUUAGUGCGCAUACAGACCAUCGCAUCAGUGCAUGCAUAGCCAUCGCAUGAGUAUGUUGAUGAUCAUCUGCGGAAGUUCGGUACCAUUUGAAAAGAACCUGGCGCAGAUCCCAAGCCACGGAACGCGCCACUAUGAGACAGGCACGGCUGCAGGCACUGGGCAUGCGGACUACAGAAGUACACUACACAACCAUUCAACCACAUCUUUGGGCGUGCUGGCCAAUGGGGGCGAUAGUGUGUCUGCGGAUAUGACAAAGUCUGCUCAGCAGCACUUGCGUCGCUUCGGCGAAAAGCUCAACUGUAAACCACGUGACAAUCCAGGAUGCUUAGGUUACCCGCAGGCUCUCACACCAGCGCCAGUCAGGAGUUCGUGGCUCAAACACCGAGCGUGUGUGGGUGAUGAGAUAAAACACGCUGCCAGAAGUGGUCAAGACAAGACAAGACAAGACAGAUAGAUAGAGUGCACGUAGAGAGCAUUGCCGGCCAAUGAUUACGACCCAGGCAUACGCACUGUAGCAGUAGCGGCAGCAGUCACCCGACAACACUCUGGUGCCGGUGCUUACGUCGUGUCCCAUUUCUCUGUGAGAAAUGGUGUUGCACAUACGAGCCACAUGCGGCGCCUCACUCUUCCACCCACAGCCACCCACAGCCACCCACAGCCCUCGUGCGGCCCAUACGGCCUGCCUUGACUAUCAUCACCUGGGCAAGACACGGCUAUCGGUCUGGCCAGUCCGAAAAACAUAAUAGGACAACCGAGAAAAAAAUUGAAAUAGGACAACCGAAGACCCCCACAGAGCCUGACCAACGGUCGUCGACGGUGCCCCGGAGCGUGCGUGUCGACACUCACCUGACUGGUAGUGAUGGUCUCUUUUGCCGUUACGUCUAUCGUGAACGUUGUCGUCUCUACUUUCAACGCACUGGACCGGCAGUGGGGCGAGUUUGCAGUGAUUGCGCAAGCUAAUCGGUGGGAGAUAGUAGUUGGUUGAAGCUGAAACGAAUAGCGACAUACCCACUGCGUAACAGGUCAGCGAGUAUAAAGGAAUAGCGAGUGUGCAACGACUGCGCACGAGACAACAGCAGCGUGCACGCAGGCCACGUGACAGAUGCAUUGGGCUAUCCCAUGCACAUGCUAGUCUGUGCCAGCACCACACUGCUGUGCUGAGUGUCAGCUGUGCCUGGUACUGGACUCAACCCGUGAUAUGUGAGUGCGUGGCUGGAAGGGCCACUUGUAGCGGCAAGGUGUGCAAGGGGACCUGUUACCUGGCAACAAGGAGACCCGUUGCCUAGCAACGAGGAAGCCUGUAGCCUGGCAACGAGAGGAAAGCAUUCCUCGUCAUACAGGGCAUCACCUGUGACGAUGCUACGAGCAUUGCUGUGGUAGGUAUUCUUUCACUGGGCACAGAUACUGCACUUCAGGCUCGGCUGAGAAUUCAGGGAAAGAGCACCCAAACCAAACUAGAGAGGCAUACAUUGCAAUUUUCUUUCCCCCACCCCUCCCCCUCUCUCUCUCCCGGAGACCUGUACGACACAGAAAC